CGAAUAACGACAGAUAAUCAAUAUGGAUAAGAUUAAAGAUCGAUUCGUCUUGCUCGGUCAGAAGAUUGAAGCUGCCGAAGCGAGGGCGGAAGCUGCAGAAGCAGAGAACAAGAAGCUCAACCAAAACUUACUCGAAAGAGACCAAGAAAUCUCUUCUCUUCAACACAAACUCUCUUUAGCUGAGACAGAGCUCGAAAAGGCCGAAACCAAGGUCAAAGAGCUUAAAGCGGCAAGUGAAGAGGGAGAUGUUCAUCGGACCGCUGGAGAGAAUUUGGCUCGUAAAGUGCAAUUGUUAGAGGAAGAGUUGGAUAAGGCGGAGAAGGACUUGAAAGAGACUACGGAGAAACUUCGACAAGUCGACGUCAAAGCUGAACACUUUGAACGUCAAGUUCAGAGGGUAGAACAAGAGCGUGACGACUGGGAGCGUAAACACGGGGAAGCCAUCGAGAAAUACCAGCAGUCCAAACGCGAGCUCGACGAGGUGGUUGCGCAGAUGGAGUCUCUAUGAUUUUUUUACGUUUAUACAGACUUUGUGCAUGUAUAUGACACAUGCAGCGAUAAUGACACGAAUCUUGACUC